AUGAUGUCGGCAGAAGAGCAAAAGAUCAUCAAGGCGCUCCAGGAGAACUGGAUCUGGGUUCCAAACUGGACUGACUCUUCAGACGAAACCACCGCUGGCAAAAUUGUUCACUUCACCCGAAAUGUCCAUGUAUCAUCGCAGCCGAUAAGAUCAUUGCUACAUUUUUCGGCGGACACCCGAUACAAGCUUUAUGUCAAUGGGAAGCACGUUGCUGUCGGACCGACUCGGAGCAGUCCGUUGAUCUGGUACUAUGACACGCUAGAUAUUGCACCUUACCUGAACGAGGGACAGAAUGAGAUCCGCUUCGUGGUUAUCCGUUACUUUGCGGCCUCGAGGAGCGCAAUGCCCUUUGAGCGGACAGCUCGCCCGGGCUUGACCGUUAUUGGACAUAUCGAGGCGAGCAAGGAAGUCAUCGAGCUUGCUUCUUCUAAAGAUUGGAUGGCAUAUGUGGAUGAAAGUAUCAAGUUCCCAAUGGGGUUGCCCGACGACGUGUUCCUCCACAUCAGCGAGCGUAUCACUCCAACGAAGCCGAGUCCUGCUGUAACACCAUUUGCCUACAAUAUAAAAACUCUCAAUGGGGAUGUUCCGCCUUGGCAUUUGCGUCCACGGUCUAUCCCAAUGCCCGAGCAAACGCCAGCCGUCGUAAACAUAAUCAGGGCAUGCAACAGUGCCGUCAAUACCAGCAAUUGGACGGCCUUCUUUUCCAAAAAUUGCUCUCCAACUCUUCCUGCAAACUCAAUUCACUCACUCGAGGUGCAAGCCGAUUUCCACUCGACUGCAUUUCUGCGUUGGGUCUUCAAAGCAGUGAGAAAACCUUCGCAGGCCAGACUCAAAGUGACACACUCAGAGGGAUAUGAGCUCGAGCCUCGGUCUUACCCCUUCUUUCGAUCCAAGGCCGACCGGCUAGAUGCAAGCGUCGGCCACAUUGUCGGGCCUUACGACGAGGUGACACUCGAUCUUCCCAACACCGAGAGUGUCAUCUAUGAGCCAUUCUGGUUCAGAACCUUCCGUCUCCUGCGUAUCGAAAUCACAGUCGGGUCUGAACCGGUGGAGUUGGUCUCAUUUGAUGCCACCCAGGUCAACUACCCUAUGGGUGUCAAAGCCAGCUGGAACGAGCCCGGUGAUGUACACAGCGAGCGCAUCUGGGAUGUCUCCAUUCGAACAAUGCGCAACUGUAUGUUUGACGGAUACUCUGACUGUCCGUUCUACGAACAAUUACAGUACUCCGGAGACAGCCGUUCAGUCGGCCUAUUCCACUACCUCCUAUCCGGUGAUGAUCGUCUUAUGCGACAAGCAAUCACAAAUUUCGCAGCAUCAGUUACCCCGAAUGGCCUCACACAGUCCCGAUUUCCCGCGCACGUUCCACAAGUUAUUGCUGGAUUCUCCCUCUACUGGAUCCUACAAGUCUGUGACCACCACCUCUAUUUCGGGGAUACCCGCUUCGCCCGGGGAUUUAUUCCCCGCAUCGACGGCAUCCUAGACUUCUUUGAUGCCCACAUUGACGAUCUGGGUCUAGUCAGCGGACUCCCACAAAUCGUAUGGCAAUACGUGGACUGGGUGACAACCUGGGGUGCCACCGAUGACCAUCCCGACAAGGGAGUUCCCAUGUCCGGUCGGAAAUCCAACAGACACACGUAUUUUAGUAUGAUUUAUGCAUGGACUCUCCAGAAGGUUGCUUGUCUUGUGCGUGAUCUGGGUCGGCCGGGGCAUGCCGCUGAAUAUGAAGCGCGAGCAGUUUCGUUGGUAGACGCUAUUCGGGCGCAUUGCUAUGAUGGACAGUUCUUCACGGACUCGACUGCCGAUGUUGCCGAUGAGUUAUCCUAUUCUCAGCACUGUCAGAUUUUCGCUGUUAUCUCCGGCGCAGCAAGUUCCGAUGACUCUGUACGCAUCUUGACUCAGUCGUUUAAGAGCGAUCGAUUUUCAAAAUGCUCGUAUAUGAUGCGGUUCUAUGCUUUUCGGGCACUUACUCUGGCUGGCGAGGAUAUAUACGAGUCGUUCUGGGAAAGUAUGUGGGCUCCGUGGCGAAAAAUGCUGGCGAAUAAUCUUUCGACAUGGGAGGAGGACGAUGUGAGACAACGUUCUGAUUGCCAUGCCUGGGGAAGUGUGCCAAUCUAUGAGUAUUGCACUGAGGUGGCCGGUGUUCAGCCGAUUGCUGCUGGCUCGGCGAAGAUAUUUUUCAAACCUCGUCUUCGGUUGACUCAGGCACUAGAAGCGAAGGUGGCACUGGGCAGGGAUAAUCUAGCUACGGUCUCAUGGAAGUCUGGCUCUGAUAACGAGAAGAUUGUGGAGCUCAGACUUGAAAAGCCUGUUGAGGUUGUAAGUCAAUUUCCGGGAGCCAAGCGGCAAGAACAUGGUGUUGUUGAUCAUCUCAGUUUUGUUUUUAAAGGUUGA